AGGACCUGCGCCGCUGAGGAACAGACACUUCUCGACCGCAUCUCCGUCCUCGACAAGUCAGAGGCACUCAUCACACACGCUAACGUCGAGUGGAUGCUUAACUCAGUAAUUCAGCCCCGCUCCCCUGCCCCCCAGUCUCUUCUGUCUCCUGCCCCCCAGUAUCACCCCCCUUGCCCCCCGCCCGCUAGUCAUGCUCGUGCCGUGUGUCUGAUUGCGUUAACGUUUGUGGUGUUUCAGCUGACGGCGAACGUGCGACCGCAAACUGUUUGUAUGGUCCAGUGGGACUGGCGGCACUACUGGCAGCCCCGCGACCCAACGAGGUCGGGCGCCCGAUUCCUGGACGUGGUCAAGGGAGAACGCGUCUGGGUCCUGCGUCUCUCGCCCGACUCCGGGUGGGUUGAGGUGCGCAAACUGGACGACUGGGAUGACCGCACUUCCGUUGGCUGGGUACCCAUCACUAACUUGAUUUCACCACAGGAGGUCGUCGAGAAUCUCAUCCUUCUCGACAACGUCUCGUCCCUAGCCACCAUGGCGGCUAGUUACUAG